CAUUGUUCUUCACAACAUUUCUGUCAUCAUGACUGACAGAUACAGAAACACACUCAAAAAACACAAUUUACUAUUUAUAACAAAAUGUUGAGAAAAAUGCAACCGAUUCCAAUAUAGUUUUUUUGGAAACAAUAAAAUCAAUAUGCCCGUAUACUUCACCUAAAUGGCGUCACCAAAGUCUAAGAUGAGCGACCUCUAUACAGAUUACCUGCAAACAUACCACCCCCAGCUCUUGGAAGAGCACUCCGACAGCUCUGACUUCGAUAACCUCACAGACGUAGAUGAAGAUUUUAUAGACAUACGAAAUAUAAAGAAAAACAAACUACUGCUAAACAAGGCAUUACUCAGAAAAGUCAAGCUGAAACGUAGUGCCGCAAAUCAUGAAAACUUUAACUGUAGACGUGAGAAGAAACAUAAGGAGAAAAAAGUUCAAGUUGUAGAUAGGACACGUAGAAUUAAUGGAACAGAUACAGAUAGUGUGGAAAGAUUGUAUAAGUCGUAUGAAAAAAAAAAUAUCGAGACAAAUGAUGAGUCAUCGAGUGAGAUAAAUAUAAAAAAGAAAGUAACACGUUCCACCAAAGUCGCGAGACGCCCGAAUUAUAAUAAUAAUAAAGACUUGUCAGAUACUAAAAAAAAACAUAUAACAAAUGAACAAACAGAUAACGCAUGUCAAGUUUAUAGUGUUAUGUGUGAUAAUUCUAGUGUAAGAUUUAAGAAAAAGAAUCUCAGCAUUGAGGAACCUAUUCAAGAAGAAGAAGAACAAGAUGCACAUUUCAAUACAAAAAAAACGGUUAAUUAUUCUUGGCCACGUCAUAUUCUUCAUUCAAUUAAAGAAUCAGAUACCAAUCCUUUUGAAACUUUAGAAACGUAUUCCUCAAUAUCUAGUGAAAUUGAUAAUGUAACAUUAGAUAAUAAAUCUUAUGUUGAAAAACGUUUUAGUCCAUAUAAAAAUAAUGCUUCGAGGUAUAGUAAUGAAAAAGAAAUAAAAAAUAAGUCGGAAAUAAGUUACAAAAAGAAGCAAAAUUAUCAAGUAUUUUCUGCACCGCAAAAUGCAAACAAAGGUGUUUGUACUUCCUUUGUUACUGAAAAUCCUAAAAGUGAUAUCAUGCCAGCCAGGUCCUCUGUGUUUUGGGAUUAUGUGGCAAAUAAAAUUCAGCGCAAAUCUCAUCAUGAAGAAGAUACAUGCUCGAGACCAUGUAAUUGUUCAAAAGAUUUGAAACUCAUAGCAACCAUUGAGGAAUCUUCUGAUGGUACAGAUCACUACGUAUGUCUUGGUGGUUGUAAAGACAAUCGAAAAUCAUCAACACCUAAAAAGUCCGAAUCUUGCGAUGAUCUGGAUAAAUACAUGUGCCUAGGUGGUUGUAAGGACCAUCAAAAACCACCUACGCUCAAAAAGAUAGAACCUUCCCGUGACUUCGAGUGCCUUGGUGGUUGUAGGGACAAUCGAAAACCACCAGCACCGGUAAGGUCUGAAUCAUUUGAUGGUCUGGAUAAAUACGAGUGCCAUGCUGGUUGUAAAGGCCUUGGUAAACCAGCAAUAUCUAUAAAGACGGAAUCUUCCCAUGGCCAGGCUAAAUACCAGCCAUCUCCUAGUAAAGACAACCGAAAAUCAUCAAAAUCUAAAAAAGCGACAUGCGCAUGUCCGCCCCAACUUCCAGAGUAUUUUGAAGAAUCGUGUGAGCAGGAUUAUUAUGAAAAUAUAGAAACAGAUGACAUUCCAGAAGAUACUGCACCAUGCCAACACGACCACGAUUUAGUGGCUAAAGCUUUAUCUCAAAAGUAUAACGGUGAAAUCCUUUGCAUCCACAACCCACCUUGUGUGCUUGUCAACGGUUGUCUCAACGUACCCAAAAAAGAGAGUACAAACCCUACAUGGUUUGUAACUCAAGACAUGAAGCCUAGUUAUUAUCAAAAUAGUAACACACAAGACACCCACAUGAAAAAUCAUCAACGGCAAUCAAAGUAUAUCAAUAUAAUGCAAUAUUAUAACGAAGAAGAUAGAAUUGAAAAAGAAAUGCAGAGCGUUUGUCAACAUUACCCUCCGUGCAAGUUCGUGAGGCAAUGUUACAAGCCGAAGCACCCACCAAAAUUGGAUCAUUGCUGUGUGCACGUGCCGAUGUGUAGAAAAAUACCGCAGUGCAUUCUAGAGACAGGUGACUACAAAUACGACUACAGUUCUUGUAGUCAUAAGCCGAAAUGCUUUGAUUUGCCGCUUUGCGCAAGGGAAUUGGUGUUAUAUGGUGAAGUCGCAAAUGUCGAGAGUGAAGUAAAGAAGCCCGUUGAAUUGGUGUGUUAUCAUCACCCUCAAUGCAUCAAGAUCCCGCGAUGUCUGGGUCGUAUGUUGUGUGAAACCCAUUUGGCUUCCAAUGCUAUACCUGAUUGUACCCAUGAUCCACCCUGUGAACAAAUACCUGCGUGUUACAGACGGUCGCCAAAAAUGGUAUCCACAUAUUCACAGUACCCCGCACCUUGCAGGAUUGUUUAGUAUUCCAUACUUUUAUUUCACAGCUCAACUCCAUGACUUCACAAGAAGAAAAUAAAAAAACUCGCGUAAAAUUGUACCGUUUUGAUUGUUAUCUAAGAUUCAAGAUUCGAAGUUUGUAUUAUAUAGAUGCUAAUUUCCUUGUCUAGUACCACAUCAUUAACAGUUUUUAUGGUUCAUUCAUUGGCCCUUUGAUAAUGUCUUAGCAAAUUGGUGUUAAAAUCUAUGCAAGUAUUUUCUGAUAAUUGGCAUAUUGAAUGUGCGUUUCAUAAUAAGUCCGUGUCAUAAAAUAGUGAAAACAAAAAAAUGCUUUUUAACCAAACAAUAAAUUGGUUGCAUCAAAA